AUGGCCAGUCAGGCACUUGCCCCACCCGGUUGUGAAGUGUACAGCCUCGGGGGUGCGCAGGCCCUGGCACAGCAGGCGCCGGCUGACGAGGCGUCUGCACCGCUACCUCCUCCGCCGCCGCCCCAGGCGCAGCCAAGCGAGGCAGAGCGCAAAGCUCGCGCAGAACAUCUGCAGAGGCAGCGGCAGCUCCUCGUAGAGAAGCGCAACAAGGAACGGCAAAAGCAGCUGGAGGCUUCCAAAGGCAGUGGGGAACCGGCGGAAAUGUUCGCGUGGCCAAAGCCGUGGAUGCAGUCGAGGGCCGAGAAGGGCUGA